CCUGAUCGAUCCGUGAUCUGCAUGGAACUCAUCAGUCAAUGAGUCCAUGCGGUAGAGACAAACCAUCAAAGUGCGCAAUCACCGCAGUGCCGGGGCGCAACAAUCGCGCCGGAAUGAAGACAAAGUGCUGCAGGACGCUGAACGCUACAUAUAUGGAACCUACCAGCUCACGGCUCAAGCAGGGACGUCCACCACCCAAGCUCCAUCGAGCUAUCAAAGUCAGAGUGGACGGACAGCUUCCGCGCGGGACGACUAUUGUGACCCAUAUAGCUGCUCUCCCGCUAUAUAUAUCAGCAGCAUCAGCAGCUAGCACAUUCACAUUCGUGAUUCUUGGCUCGGUCAUGCGCAAGUGCUGAUACCGGCUGAUGCACAUCUGCUGCAGCUGCUCUAUUCACGCCGCAUCGCGUGAGAGGCGCAAUCGGUCAGGCGCACCGAUAUGAUAUUCUCACGACUCCGAAUGGCGAAAGUGAAACGUCUCGGUGUUUCAACUUGCACACGGUGCCGGCAUCAGCCGCGGACUUCUCUAUAGCUAUCACGAGUGGUGACCCUGUACGUCCGAACACUCGUUGUGCCUAGCUUCACCAUACAAACGAAGGCUGCCGCCCCCACUGCGGGU